GCCCCCCAGUAAAUAAUAAUUAAUGUAAUCCUCCCUCUCAUCAAUUGCUGCUGCUUCUUCUUCCUCUAUCCUCUUGUUCUUGGGUCCAGCCAGCUGAAUCUGCGCCUUAUAAGUUAUCCCUCGUCCUUAAAUAUACUCUCAUAGCUCGUCGCAGCCUGAAUGCCCUGGGAACCUCGAUCCGACCCGCACUACAUUAUGGAGCCAUGAGCUCGGACUCGUUUCCUGUCGUCCUCCAACUAACGGCUAAAUUCACCCAGGUAGCUCGAUUUACUAAGGUCAAUUGAACAGUGCCAGGGAUCUUAAUGCCUAAUGCAUUCGCUAUUACUGUGUACUAUUCACAAAAUACAGUCCUGUCGAUUCCGCCGUGAAGAACUUCCUUUUCAAAUCAGCCCUCCCCUCCCUUGCCUCGCAGCUCGUUGAACCAAGCUGAACCCCCCUUUCGUUAUUUGCGCGCCGUGCUGACCCGUUUCCGCUGAUUCCUACACCACCGCGAAUGGAAUGUUGGUUAAGAGAAGCAUUGGCUUGACGAUAAGAUUUUUGAAUGAGUCUAUUUGACCUCUUGAUGGACGCGAUUGUUGGUAUUCGAGCGCAAGCAACUGGAGAACGCAACAAAGUUCAAAGCACAGAUCGUUUCUACCUCGACACUACCCACCGCGAUCUUUCUCCUUACCCUGGGCUACCGUGUUUAAGGACAAGGAGAGUGAUCUUCUGUCUCCACGGCACAGUUAAUUUAGCUACCAGUUUGCACAACGAGAUGGUUGGUGUCUUGGGGUUAACUCGUAAUUAAACCUCGCAUACAGCCCCUGACAGCUGGGGUAGCCAUAGAGAAAUGGAUUCUCCCAGUGGCCACUCCGUGCUUGGUUCAAGAAGGGGUCUGAAAAUCCGUCCAAUUCAGACGAAUAUCAAUAACCCUAACACUCGCCAGCAGCGGCCCCCUCGCCCGAAUGAUGAACCUGCGCAAGAACCCGCCCCAGAGCGAGCUCCUCUCAAACCGCAAAGUUCAAAAUCAUCUUUGAAAAAUUUGUUUUCGCGCAAUAAAACGAAUCGCCGUUCCAAUCAUGAACAUACCCUCCCUGCCAUCUCAGAGUCACAGAAGGUGACAGCCGCGAGCAUCAUACCGGAUACCAUAUCGUCACCCAAUAGCCCUUCGACAACUCCUAUGACACCUAAAUCCUCAGUCGCAACAUCUUCUCCUUUAACGGGGAAAACAGGAUCUAGCAAUCCUUCAAAGACUUCCAAGUCUUCAAAGGAGAAAGGGCAAAAACUUCAAAGAGCAAUCACGGUUUGGGACCCGCCACCUCUCUUCCAAGCGUACCCGCAGGCAAUCAAACAAGGCACACUUCCUGCCCCAACACUUUCCACAGUAUCCCUUUUACGGAUGAAGGGUCAUCGAAGAAACAGUAGUGAGAAGGACGACUUUUCAGAUGUUGACGCUGAUGACGACAGGGCUUCCUCCAGGGCGGCCAAGAGGCGAAAAGAUGAAAAGGACAAGAAACAUUCGCGCAAGGCUUCAGGCUCCAACAAGCCCGAAUGGACGCAGAAAAUUUUCAUUCUGGUCACGAGCGGCUAUCUUUUACAAUACUCCGGCGACGGAAGCUUCGAUCGCCUACCUGAGAAAAUGAUGGAACUGGGUCAAAACUCGGUGGCGUUUGCGAGUGACGCUAUUCCCGGCAGGCAUUGGGUGCUACAAAUAUCUCAAACACUUGAAGAGGAUGGAACAGUGGCCUUGGAUACCAAAAAGACCUUCCUCUCCCGGUUUGGAUUUGCAGAUUCCCGAAGACAGACGAAGACUUUACUCUUGGUUUGCAAUGACCCCGCCGAAAUGACAUCUUGGCUUACAGCUGUGAGGCGGGAAAUCGAAGCUCUAGGGGGGAAAGAAUACACACCCGAAACACCACUGAAGGAAACGUCUCAGGAUUCUGAACAAUCCCAAAAGCGGUUCAUUCGACAAUCUAUAAUACCUGACAAAACGCAAUCCGUCCCUAUGAACUUGGCAAAUCCGGGAUGUACGGAACCCUCUCCAGUGGUUUCAUCACCGAAUGGCAAGGAAGAGCAGAAGCCAAAAGGGAACAGACCUGCUGAUGAGGCGUCACUGAGAUCUACAAACAGACGGUCAAUUCGCCCACAAUCAGUCGAAGCUCCUUCACUUUCGACUACUGGUACGGUUACAGAUCUCGAUCGAUUACGAGAGGGGUCAAGAUUAUCAUAUGUUUCAAUCGGGACGAGGACUAUACCAAGCUCCAGGGGCUCCUCUCCUGGUUUAUCUCCGGCCAGACAAAAAGGCGUUGCGUCUAUGACUCCCUGUGCCGAAUCCCCAUCGAGCGUUAGGAGUACAGUCGCGGACUCCAGCAGCACGCACAUGUCAAUCCAUGCUUAUUCCUCAAAGCAGUCAGAAGGAAGUGGUACGGACACACCAGGUGGAUCGCGUCCAACAUCAACUGUUGGCCCACUGAUCUCCAGAAGUACCUCUCCUCCCAACUUCAGCGUGCCAGUGCUCAGCAAAAGAUUCACAUCAACGCAUUCUGGCCCCCCUCCAUCGUCGCGGAAAUUCUACCAAACAUCACCUCCCUCGCCGCGCAUAAUCAUUCCAAACACCUGGAAUCGCCUUUCUGGCCUGGAUGACUCUGCGGCACCUCCUCAAUUACCAAAUGGCCAACCAGAAUCGAAGAAGGCGUUUAAAGGACCAGAUCAUACCCAGCUGUCGGUUCCUUUUAUUUUCGACCCAGAAACCCCUUCGCGCGCCUCUGCGUUGCCAAAACCAAGAGAGAGAAAAACAAGGCGGUAUUCAUCUUUCGAGUCGACUCGUGCCGCUUACAGUGUAUCAUCGGACUAUCGCCCACAACUCUCACCCGUAACAAAUGAGAGCAGUGAAGAGGGAUGUAAAAGCGAUACGCUAUCACAUCGCAAUCCCCACCGAACGUACAAGCAAGUUGACGACGCACCUAAAAAAGGCCACGAAGAAGCACGACAAUUACGCCGACCAAUGAGCAUGCAAAUUGGAUCUGAAGCUCGCCGCCGUGCAGAGGCAACGCACCCACUACACGCCACCACCACCCGCACGGGCUUCCCAUCCCCAGAUGGCCGAACUUCUUAUCGACGAAACCGAACCAGCCUACCUCACCCGGAGAUAAUAAGAGAUACUUCCCCGCCUAACAAUAAUCACCACCUGCCAGAUCCCGACCGGGGUUCUCUGCAAAAGAGCACAUCGCACUUAUCUCUUGGCGCGCCCGUUGCACCUCCGCCGGAUUUCCCGCUGCCAAAGGUACCCCCCAGAGUUGCCUCUCAGUUCAGACCUGCAUGGCAUGGCCAUCAACAGCAACUAGCCUUGGGGCCAACGCAUGAUGAAUCCGGUAGACUGCGGUCCAGGAACGGGCCGGAUGGGCCAAGAAGUACGCAUACGGUGAUUACGCCGGUUGAUCUGAGGGACGUUGAGAAUUCGCCGCGGUUGAGUGGAAUGACGGCUAAGGAGUAUAGUAUGGUGAAUGCCUUUUAACUAGAUGGCGAUGGACACACACCCUGGUCAUACUAUUCUUACAUUUCUUUUUUUUUUUUUUUUUUUUUUUUGACGUUGGAAUCCCCCAGCGCCCUCUUUUUUUUCGUUCCCUAAUUCAUGACUCCAUGUUCCACUUAUCUAUUCCACUACCCCCUUCUCCGCUUCAUGUCAUUGGGUAUUAUUGUCUAUCGGAUAUUAUUGGAUGGGUAUAUACUAAAGUGAGAUCUUCUUUUCUCUUCUCUGUUUCGCCAUGCAUGUACAUGUACAUGUACAUGUACAGUACAAGAAUAACCCCGAUUACACCAUUACACGUUUAUGUUUUUUAUGUUUUUUACUUUUUUACUUUUUUUUGCCUUGUUAUAUAUAUAUAUAUUUCCACAUAUAUCCACUCUGUCUAACUUUUUACGAACUUCACUCUGACGCAUGCCAUUUGUUUUCGCCCCCUCUUCUCUGCGUUAUCUUUUCACUACGAUAUAUCUAUAUAUAAAGUCGCCAAGUCAGCACAAUAUACUCAUUGAUAAUACAUUUUAUAUCCUCUCUCUUCCCUUUGACCUCUGUCCGCCAUCUGGUUUUCCCGCCCACCUGUGCUAGUUGUACAUGUACAUGUAUGUACACGUACAACACAAGUGCAGUUUACCUAGUUUAGGCCAAAUGAUCUAUGCGAGGGAUCUGGUUAUCUGCUUUCCGAGAAAUCUUUAUCACCUACUCAAGGAGAGCAGAGGGUUUAGUUGAGAUAAUCUGUGUUUAACAUGGAGUGUAGAUCGUCAUAUACGUAGGGCCGGGAUGGAGACGACCAUGUUGCGCAGCCUUAUAUUAUUAUUAUUUAUUUACGAACGGCGUGCUUAGGACAAAGUGGACCUGUUUGUGCCCAGCAUGGCUUGGCAUCGUUUACGUUACAAUUCAAAAGUAGAAAAGAACUCCGAUUAUUUGCUGGAAAUGGAACUCCAUAAAGAUUUAAUUUUUAUUUUCAAAAUGCCCUUUUAUUUCAGUAAAAAGAUAUGAGUUGAUGGUGCGAUCAGGAGCGGCCCAAGGGGAGAAAACUAGGAAAGAUAAAUAAGAAGAAAUCAAGGAAUAGUAAAACAAGCGUAGCCGGAAAGCCAUGAAUAACGGAGGAAAGCUGCAAUUAG